CUCCUGUCGCGCUUCUUCUCCUGAAAACACGCGAGAAGGUUCUGUGAUCGAUCCACCCUGCCGCUUCGUUGCUGCUUCGCUCAAACAGUGUGCAGAACACACAGGUCGGGAACGCGCUCCAGACGUUCGGUGCGAUACAGAUCUGAAACUUCUGAUGAUGAUUGUAGAAGGAGGACGCCGGGCGAGGGAGCUGGACCUUCAGUGUCCUGCACACAGGUGAACGACAACACAGUCAGGUGUGUUGUCACCUUUAGCAGAAAACAUUCACAUUCAUUUCGGAAAUAAGAGCAGGCUUUUAAAAAGAAAAGACAUGAAUUGAGUUGCACGUUACACUUUUAUUCCAGCAUUGUUCUGUUUUUGUUUGGCUUUAAAAAAGAAUGACCUGAAUAAACCUCCUGAUAUUGUCAAGUGUCAACUGGUGACCAGACCGGCCAACUGUGUCGCGUCUGACGUCGAUUGGAAGUGAAAGUCCUCAAGUUUCUGUGAAGAGAAAGACAAGACGUUGUGCUCAGCUGGAAGCGUGUCGCCAGCGAGCGGCCGGCCUUCCUGGCCUCCUCCAUCCCUCAAACAAAUCGACGAGUGCUCUGAGGAAAGGAGCGGGGUCUUGUGAGGGUGGGAUCGGAGGCUCGACAGCCGCCUCGUGCCUGGGACGCGGUGCUCUUCCCCUGCUGAGCCUCUGCGUCGGCCUGUGAGGAGCCGGCUGUGCGGCCGACCUCCACUGUGACCUCUGCUCUGUUCAGUCCUCUGUGCUGCGUGAGACGGACCCGAGGAGCCGGCAGGUCCUUGACCUUUCAGUCAAACAUCGACCCAAGUUUGAUUUGGAUUUUUUCAUUUUAGCUUUUCUUUCUUUCUUGAGCUGGGUCAGGGUUAGGGAUUCACAAGGCGGCGCUCUGUGAUCUGAGUCUUUAGAAAGCAGCAUCUGGUCCAAAGCCUCGUCUGUGGAACUUGGAGGGAGGGAGUGGACCCGGGUGUUGGACAGCAGCCGUGCCACUGAGCCCAGCUCCGCCGGCGACAGGACCCGGCGGCCCGGCCUCCCACGUGUCUGAGAUGACGUUGCAGCGAUGAGCCGCGGGCCAGGCCUUCACCAUGGAGUUCGCUGCCCCCGGUGGUCGAGAGGAGGAGCGCACGUCUCCUCCGGUGUAGGAUGGUGAAACACAACCAGGACAGAAACGCAAGUCCAGACCCAGAAGGCCCCAAUAGCGCCCCCACCCAGAGCCCGGAGGCCGGUCCGUUGGACCAGCUUCUGCUGAGGUUAGAGGAGGAGCUGCAGUGCGGGACCCAGCAGACGGACGGCGAGAGUUUGCCGUGCCACUUUCGGCCCUUCGCCAGUCGGGAGGAGUACGAGCUGGUGCGCCUGACGCACCGGCAGCUGCAGCACAGCGGCUUCUACUGGGGCGCCACCAGCAUGGCGGACGCUCACCACGCUCUGGCUCAGGCACCUGUCGGGACCUUCCUCAUCAGAGACAGCAGCCAGCCGGACGUCUUCUUCACGCUCAGCUACCAGAGCGAGCAGGCGCCCACCAGCGUGCGCGUCCUCAUCGAGUGCCUGCGCUUCCGCCUGAGCGGCAGCGCCAAGAGCUUCCCGUCGAUGUUCGCCCUGCUGGCGCACUACACCAGCGGCUCCUGCAAGCUCACCAGGCCGCACCGCCGCGAGCGGCCCGAGCGCCUCAAGCAGCUCUGCCGCCGCGCUCUGGUCAAGACGCACGGCGCCGGCGCGCUCAGGACGUUCGCAGGGCUCAGCGCGGAGCUGAGGGACUACGUCGGCGCGUACCCGCACGCCAUUUAGCGCCAACUGGAGACUCGCUGGACACCUGCGGUGACAGCGCGCUCGCCGGUAGCGGCCACACGAGGGCGCCACUCCGCUUUCUCUGAAUCAGAGAAGUCGCUCAGUUCCCAUGUGGAAGGUUGUGUUUGUCCUUGAAUGGUGAAUCGCCUUCAAAUCCGGAACCACUUUUAGAUUCGUGAUGUUGGUCAUCGGACCUCAGACUGUGUGAGAAGUGACGUCAUUAAAGGGGAGUUGCUUCCAGAGUGGUCGUUCAUCUGCGGCGCGUCUGCGUGACGCUGACCUCUGCACCGGGGUCACGCACGGAUUCAGUCCGAGCUCGGGCUCCUCACUCACGGUCGUGUCUCAGUCCCGCUUCUUCUGCUCUCUGGGUCGCGGGGGCAGCAGCUGCUCUCCUGCUGUCCCCGACCCGGGGCCUCCUCCCAUUAAAUCGAGCUCGUCAGGUUUGAAGCCGGACCAGGGCGUCACGUGGUCUUGGGUCGGAAGCAUCUCGGAGGGUUCCCCUCGGUGA